GGUGCCCGGACGGGGCGGAGCGGAGAGCGCAGGCCCCGGCCGAGCCCCGUCGGCAGCCGGAGCCCAGGGCCGCCGGGCAGGAGCUGGUGACGCAGGAAAAACGCCCCGGCCGAGCCGCCGGCGACGGGGUCGGAGCGGAGCGGGGCUGCGCCGGGAUCCCCAGCGAGAGCGGCGGCGGCUUCGCCCUCCUUCCUCGCCCUCCUUCCUCGCUCUCCCUCCCUCCCGUCGGCCGCCCGGCGAAGCGGAGCCGCCCCCUCGUCGCCCAAGCCGGGAGCGCGGGGCCUGCCAUGAGCCCCUGCCCCGCCGGCCGCCGGGGAUGAGGCAGCCCCCGGCCGCGCUCCUUGGGCAGCACCCGGCAGGGCUCCGGGCCGUCGCAGCGGCAGCCGCGGGACAAGGGGACGCCGUGCGGGGGUUAUGCAAUGGUCUCUGCAAGAUGGCAUGUUCUUGAGUUGGAGCUUUUUAAGGCAAGCAUAUGCUGGUACUUCAACUUUACUAAGUGGACUAUAAUUUCUUCUCUCACAACAACUACUUAAGCAGACAAAAUUGCAAAGAUCUGCCCUGUGUCGAGUAUGACAGCCACGACUCGUGGCUCUCCGGUAGGAGGCAAUGAUAGCCAGGGCCAGGCUCCUGAUGGACAGUCCCAGCCUCCCCUCCAGCAGAAUCAGACAUCUUCACCUGAUUCUUCCAAUGAGAACUCCCCAGCUACCCCGCCUGAUGAGCAGGGACAAGGAGAUGCUCCACCCCAGCUUGAAGAUGAGGAGCCUGCAUUUCCACACACAGACCUGGCAAAGUUGGAUGACAUGAUCAACAGGCCUCGAUGGGUUGUUCCUGUAUUGCCGAAAGGGGAAUUAGAAGUUCUUCUAGAAGCUGCUAUUGACCUGAGUAAAAAAGGCCUUGAUGUCAAAAGUGAAGCAUGCCAGCGAUUUUUUCGAGAUGGGUUAACAAUAUCUUUCACAAAAAUCCUUACUGAUGAGGCAGUGAGUGGCUGGAAGUUUGAAAUCCAUAGAUGUAUUAUUAACAACACUCAUCGACUAGUUGAACUCUGCGUGGCCAAGCUGUCCCAGGACUGGUUUCCCCUUCUUGAACUUCUUGCCAUGGCCUUAAAUCCUCACUGCAAAUUCCAUCUAUACAAUGGUACACGUCCCUCUGAAACAGUUCCUGCAGGAGUACAGCUUGCUGAAGAUGAACUUUAUGCCCGUCCUCCUGACCCACGAUCACCAAAGGGUUGGCUAGUAGAUCUUAUCAACAAGUUUGGCACAUUAAAUGGAUUUCAGAUCUUGCAUGAUCGCUUCAUGAGUGGAUCAGCAUUGAAUGUUCAGAUAAUUGCAGCUCUCAUUAAGCCAUUUGGACAAUGUUAUGAAUUUCUAACAUUACAUACAGUGAAGAAAUAUUUCCUUCCAAUUAUAGAAAUGGUUCCACAAUUUUUAGAAAAUUUAACAGAUGAUGAACUGAAAAAAGAAGCAAAGAAUGAAGCCAAAAACGAUGCUCUGUCAAUGAUAAUCAAAUCUCUAAAGAACUUAGCUUCAAGAGUUCCAGGACAAGAAGAAACUGUAAAAAACUUAGAAAUAUUUAGGUUAAAAAUGAUACUUAGGUUGUUACAAAUUUCUUCUUUCAAUGGUAAAAUGAACGCACUAAAUGAAGUUAACAAAGUAAUAACCAGUGUGUCAUAUUAUACCCAUCGGCAUGGUAAUCCUGAAGAGGAAGAAUGGCUUACAGCUGAAAGAAUGGCAGAAUGGAUCCAGCAGAAUAAUAUUUUAUCAAUUGUGUUGAGAGAUAGUCUUCAUCAACCUCAGUAUGUAGAGAAAUUAGAGAAGAUUCUUCGUUUUGUCAUCAAAGAGAAAGCCCUCACUUUGCAGGAUCUUGACAACAUUUGGGCUGCACAGGCAGGAAAACACGAAGCCAUUGUAAAGAAUGUACAUGACCUCCUUGCAAAAUUAGCUUGGGAUUUCUCUCCUGAACAGCUUGAUCAUCUGUUCGAUUGUUUUAAGGCAAGUUGGACAAAUGCAAGCAAGAAACAACGUGAGAAGCUACUUGAGUUAAUCCGUCGUCUUGCAGAGGAUGACAAGGAUGGUGUGAUGGCACACAAAGUGCUGAACCUUUUAUGGAAUUUGGCUCAUAGUGAUGAUGUACCAGUUGAUAUCAUGGACCAGGCUCUUAGUGCUCAUAUUAAAAUCUUAGAUUACAGCUGUUCACAGGAUCGAGAUACACAAAAAAUCCAGUGGAUAGAUCGUUUUAUAGAAGAGCUUCGCACAAAUGACAAAUGGGUCAUUCCUGCACUGAAACAAAUUAGAGAAAUUUGCAGUUUGUUUGGUGAAGCACCACAGAAUAUGAGUCAAACUCAACGAAGUCCCCAUGUGUUUUACCGACAUGACUUAAUCAAUCAACUUCAGCACAAUCAUGCCCUAGUUACAUUGGUUGCAGAAAAUCUCUCUGCCUAUAUGGAAAGCAUGAGGCAGUAUGCUAAAGAGCAUGGUGAGUAUGAUCCACAAACUGUAAGACCAGGAAGCAGAUACAGUCAUGUGCAAGAAGUACAAGAGCGACUUAAUUUCUUACGAUUUUUAUUGAAGGAUGGUCAGCUGUGGCUGUGUGCCCCUCAGGCGAAGCAAAUAUGGAAGUGUUUAGCUGAAAAUGCGGUUUAUCUUUGUGAUCGCGAAGCCUGUUUUAAAUGGUAUUCCAAACUAAUGGGGGAUGAACCAGACUUAGACCCUGACAUUAAUAAGGACUUCUUUGAAAAUAAUGUGCUUCAGCUGGAUCCUUCCCUAUUAACAGAAAAUGGAAUGAAAUGUUUUGAACGUUUCUUCAAAGCUGUGAACUGUCGAGAAGGGAAGCUAGUAGCAAAGAGACGAGCCUAUAUGAUGGAUGAUCUGGAAUUAAUAGGAUUAGACUACCUUUGGAGGGUUGUGAUUCAGGGAAAUGAUGACAUCGCAAACAGAGCAAUAGAUCUUCUUAAAGAGAUCUAUACUAAUCUUGGCCCAAGGUUACAAGUUAAUCAGGUAGUGAUUCAUGAAGACUUCAUUCAGUCCUGUUUUGAUCGUCUCAAAGCCUCCUAUGAUACAUUAUGUGUGUUGGAUGGAGAUAAAGACAGUAUUAAUUGUGCAAGACAAGAAGCAAUACGAAUGGUCAGAGUGUUGACUGUUUUAAGAGAGUAUAUAAAUGAAUGUGACAGUGAUUACCAUGAAGAGAGAACUAUCCUACCUAUGUCAAGAGCUUUCCGUGGUAAACAUAUCACACUGGUAGUUCGUUUUCCAAAUCAAGGCCGACAGGUAGAAGAUUUGGAUAUUUGGUCUCACACAAAUGACACAAUUGGCCAAGUACGACGUUGUAUUCUCAAUCGUAUUAAAGCCAACAGUGCACACACAAAAGUAGAACUGUUCAUUGGUGGUGAGCUAGUGGAUCCUGCAGAUGAUAGAAAAUUAAUUGGCCAAUUGAAUCUCAAAGAUAAAACGCUAAUUACAGCUAAGCUCACACAGAUAAAUUCUAAUAUGCCUUCAAGUCCUGAUAGUUCUUCUGACUCUUCAACUGGUUCUCCGGGCAACCAUGGCAAUCACUACAGUGAUGGUCCAAACCCAGAGGUUGAAAGCUGUUUGCCUGGAGUGAUCAUGUCACUGCAUCCUCGAUACAUUUCUUUCCUUUGGCAAGUUGCAGACUUGGGCAGUAGCCUAAAUAUGCCACCUCUUAGAGAUGGAGCACGUGUUCUUAUGAAGCUCAUGCCACCAGAUAACACUACGGUUGAGAAACUAAGAGCUAUUUGUUUAGAUCAUGCAAAACUUGGGGAAAGCAGCCUUAGUCCAUCCCUUGACUCUCUAUUCUUUGGUCCUUCUGCCUCACAAGUGCUAUAUCUAACAGAGGUAGUUUAUGCCUUGUUAAUGCCUGCCAGUGCCCCUCUGGGAGAAGAUGCCAGUGACUUCCAAUACAACUUCUUAAAAAGUGGUGGUUUACCUCUUGUAUUGAGCAUGCUGACUAGAAAUAACUUCCUGCCAAAUGCAGAUAUGGAAACUCGGAGGGGUGCUUACCUUAAUGCUCUAAAAAUAGCCAAGUUACUGCUAACAGCAAUUGGAUAUGGCCAUGUUCGAGCUGUGGCAGAAGCUUGUCAGCCGGUUGUGGAAGGCACAAGUACAGUUUCACCGGUAAACCAGGCUACGCAUGACCAGGCAGUGGUGCUACAAAAUGCCCUACAAAACAUUCCUAACCCAACUUCAGAAUGCAUGCUAAGAAAUGUAGCAAUACGUCUUGCACAGCAAAUAUCUGAUGAGGCUUCAAAAUACAUACCUGAUAUCUGCGUUAUUAGAGCAGUACAAAAAAUUGUCUGGGCGUCAGGUUGUGGGUCAGUUCAGCUGGUGUUCAGCUCUAAUGAGGAAAUCAGUAAAAUUUAUGAAAAGACAAAUGCAGGAAACGAACCAGACAUGGAAGAUGAACAAGUUUGCUGUGAAGCAUUGGAGGUGAUGACCCUGUGUUUUGCUUUGAUUCCAACAGCACUGGAUGCACUCAGUAAAGAAAAGGCAUGGCAGACGUUUAUCAUUGAUUUACUAUUGCACUGUCACAGCAAAACUGUUCGUCAGAUGGCACAGGAGCAAUUCUUUUUAAUGGCUACCAGGUGUUGCAUGGGACAGAGACCUCUCCUUUUCUUCAUUACCCUGCUGUUUACUGUUCUAGGGAGUACUGCAAGAGAAAGAGCUAAGCAUUCUGGAGACUACUUCACUCUCUUAAGACAUCUUCUGAACUAUGCUUACAACAGUAAUAUUAAUGUACCUAAUGCUGAAGUUCUUCUCAAUAACGAAAUUGACUGGCUGAAAAGGAUUAGGGAUGAAGUAAAAAGAACAGGGGAAACAGGUGUCGAAGAAACUAUCUUAGAGGGUCACCUUGGAGUAACAAAAGAGUUGCUAGCAUUCCAGACACCUGAGAAGAAAUACCAUAUUGGUUGUGAAAAAGGAGGUGCUAAUCUCAUUAAAGAGUUGAUAGAUGAUUUCAUCUUUCCAGCAUCCAAUGUUUAUUUACAAUACAUGAGAAAUGGAGAAUUGCCUGCUGAGCAGGCCAUACCAGUCUGUAGUUCACCAGCUACUAUCAAUGCUGGCUUUGAGCUACUAGUUGCACUAGCAGUUGGAUGUGUCCGAAAUCUCAAACAGAUAGUAGACACCUUGACUGAAAUGUAUUACAUAGGUACAGCAAUCACUACUUGUGAAGCGCUUACAGAAUGGGAAUAUCUACCACCUGUAGGGCCUCGACCGCCAAAGGGAUUUGUAGGAUUAAAAAACGCUGGUGCCACUUGUUACAUGAAUUCUGUCAUUCAGCAGCUGUACAUGAUUCCAGCCAUCAGAAAUGGGAUUCUUGCAAUUGAGGGCACGGGCAGUGAUGUAGACGAUGAUAUGUCUGGGGAUGAAAAGCAGGACAAUGAGAGCAAUGUUGAUCCACGAGAUGACGUGUUUGGCUAUCCACAUCAGUAUGAAGACAAACCAGCACUGAGUAAAACAGAAGAUAGAAAAGAGUAUAAUAUUGGAGUUCUGAGGCAUCUCCAAGUAAUUUUUGGUCACUUAGCAGCAUCCAGGCUACAGUACUAUGUACCAAGAGGGUUUUGGAAACAAUUUAGACUUUGGGGUGAACCUGUAAAUCUGCGUGAACAACAUGAUGCUUUAGAAUUUUUUAAUUCCUUGGUGGACAGUUUAGAUGAAGCUUUAAAAGCUUUGGGCCAUCCAGCAAUGUUAAGUAAAGUUUUAGGAGGGUCCUUCGCCGAUCAGAAGAUUUGUCAAGGAUGCCCACAUCGGUAUGAAUGUGAGGAAUCCUUCACAACUCUGAAUGUAGAUAUAAGAAAUCACCAAAACCUUCUUGAUUCUUUGGAACAGUAUGUCAAAGGAGAUUUAUUGGAAGGUGCAAAUGCAUAUCAUUGUGAAAAAUGCAACAAAAAGGUUGAUACAGUCAAACGCUUGUUGAUUAAGAAGUUGCCUCCUGUUCUUGCGAUCCAGUUGAAACGAUUUGAUUAUGACUGGGAAAGGGAAUGUGCAAUCAAGUUCAAUGACUAUUUUGAAUUUCCAAGAGAGCUGGACAUGGAACCUUACACAGUGGCAGGUGUAGCUAAAUUGGAAGGGGAUGAUGUAAAUCCUGAAAAUCAAAUAAUACAAAAUGAACAGUCGGAAAAUGAACACUCUGGGAGCACAAAAUACAGGCUUGUUGGUGUACUUGUACACAGUGGCCAGGCCAGUGGUGGACAUUAUUACUCUUACAUUAUCCAGAGGAAUGGUGGAGAUGGUGAGAAAAAUCGGUGGUACAAAUUUGAUGAUGGAGAUGUGACAGAGUGUAAAAUGGAUGAUGAUGAAGAAAUGAAAAAUCAGUGUUUUGGUGGAGAAUACAUGGGAGAAGUAUUUGAUCACAUGAUGAAGCGUAUGUCCUACCGACGCCAGAAGAGGUGGUGGAAUGCUUAUAUCCUUUUUUAUGAACGUAUGGACACGAUAGACAAAGACAAUGAACUAAUAAAAUACAUUUCGGAACUUGCUAUCACCACUAAACCCCAUCAGAUUAAAAUGCCAUCAGCCAUUGAAAGAAGUGUCCGGAAGCAGAACGUGCAGUUCAUGCAUAAUCGUAUGCAGUACAGCCUAGAAUAUUUCCAGUUCAUAAAGAAGUUGCUCACUUGUAAUAGUGUCUACUUAAAUCCUCCUCCAGGACAAGAUCAUCUGUUGCCUGAAGCAGAAGAAAUAACUAUGAUUAGUAUUCAGCUUGCUGCUAGAUUUCUCUUCACCACAGGAUUUCAUACAAAGAAAAUAGUCCGUGGCCCUGCUAGUGAUUGGUAUGAUGCAUUAUGCAUCCUUCUUCGUCACAGCAAGAAUGUACGCUUUUGGUUUGCACACAAUGUCCUUUUUAAUGUUUCAAACCGCUUCUCUGAGUAUCUUUUGGAAUGCCCUAGUGCUGAAGUUAGGGGUGCAUUUGCAAAACUUAUAGUAUUUAUUGCACAUUUUUCAUUGCAAGAUGGACCAUGUCCUUCACCUUUUGCCUCUCCUGGACCUUCCAGUCAGGCUUAUGAUAACUUAAGUUUAAGUGAUCACUUACUGAGAGCGGUACUAAAUCUUCUUAGAAGGGAAGUAUCUGAACAUGGACGCCAUUUGCAGCAGUAUUUCAAUCUGUUUGUGAUGUAUGCCAAUCUAGGUGUAGCAGAGAAGACACAACUUCUGAAACUAAAUGUUCCUGCAACCUUCAUGCUUGUGGCUCUGGACGAAGGUCCAGGCCCUCCAAUUAAAUACCAGUAUGCUGAACUGGGGAAGCUAUACACUGUUGUGUCACAACUGAUCCGUUGUUGCAAUGUGUCAUCACGGAUGCAGUCUUCUAUCAAUGGUAAUCCUCCACUUGCCAACCCUUACGGUGAUCCUAAUUUAUCUCAACCUAUAAUGGCACUUCAGCAGAACGUAGCAGACAUUUUGUUUGUGAGAACCAGUUAUGUGAAGAAAAUUAUUGAAGAUUGCAGCAAUUCUGAAGAGACCAUCAAGUUGCUUCGUUUCUGCUGUUGGGAGAAUCCUCAGUUCUCUUCCACUGUCCUCAGUGAACUUCUCUGGCAGGUUGCGUAUUCAUACACAUAUGAGCUUCGACCUUACUUGGAUCUGCUUCUGCAAAUCCUAUUAAUUGAGGAUUCUUGGCAAACUCACAGGAUUCACAAUGCACUUAAGGGUAUCCCAGAUGAUAGGGAUGGACUAUUUGACACCAUUCAGCGCUCUAAGAACCAUUAUCAGAAAAGAGCUUACCAGUGUAUAAAGUGCAUGGUAGCCCUCUUCAGCAACUGUCCUGUAGCCUACCAGAUUCUUCAGAGCAAUGGAGAUUUGAAGAGAAAGUGGACCUGGGCAGUAGAAUGGCUUGGAGAUGAGCUUGAGCGUAGACCAUACACUGGCAAUCCCCAAUACACCUAUAAUAAUUGGUCUCCACCAAUACAAAGCAAUGAAACAUCGAACGGCUACUUCCUAGAGAGAUCACACAGUGCUAGAAUGACUCUUGCAAAAGCUUGUGAACUCUGCCCAGAGGAGGAACCAGACGAUCCUGAUGCCCCAGAUGAACAUGAGUCUUCUCCACCUGAAGAUGCCCCAUUGUAUCCCCAUUCACCUGGUUCCCAGUAUCAACAGAAUAACCAUGUGCAUGGACAGCCAUAUACAGGCCCGGCAGCACAUCAUAUGAACAACCCUCAGCGAACUGGCCAACGAGCACAAGAAAAUUUUGAAGGCAGUGAAGAAGUUUCCCCGCCUCAGACAAAAGAUUAGUGAAAUGCACAUAAUCAAUUAACUUGCUCCAUCAAGACUGUGCACCCAGGCCUUACAGUCCAACCUUUCUCUGUGUCUGGCUAAUAUUUAAAACUAGAAAAACUAUUCCUAAUCAACAUGGAGUGGAGAGUCUAUUCACUGUCUUAUCUGCAGAAAAUUGCUGUCAAUAUAUAACCCGCCUGCAGUGGAAAGUGUAUAGUGUUUUGUAAUAAAUGGCCUGAUGCUAAUGUGUAAAUGGCAAAGGUGUAUAUAGUA